AGCUAAGCAGUCGGUCGUUUUGCGAUUUGUCGUCGUAAUUCUCAGUCCUAAUUUCAUUUAUUAUUUUAACUCAUUUUGAAACAAACAUGUCGGAAUUUACUGAGCCCAAUAACGACGUUAAAUCAGUACCGGAAAAUUCAUGUCAGCUGAGCAUUCCAUUUCCAAAACAUGCCGAACUUACGGUCGUUUCCCAAUUGCCGGUGAAAAAGUCGACAUCAAUUAAACUCAAUCGCAAAGCCGGUGGAAUAUUCAACAAUCAAGCAAAAGCUGUUAGAUCGGUCUCUAGUAUAAACCAACAAGCACUAAAAGCGAGUACACGGCGUCCGAAAACCAUUUCCACCAUCAACGAUAAAUUCAUCAACGACAAAUCGCUGACGUCGAAACAAUAUCCUGAGCGCAAGCUACUGACGAAUUCGUUAUCAAAAUGUAACUCAGGUCUGUCGUUAUGCUCGACUCCGUCGUUCCUGCACAAACCUGGGACCAUUCCGAGUUACUUGAAAGGUGACAGUAAAUCUUCGAUAGAAUCAGAAUUUUUCGCCAAAUUUCGUAAGUUCAAGUCAGAAAAGAAGAAGCUGCACGAGCAACAAGCCAAUUUCAAAAGGGAAUACAAUGACUUAAAGCGACUGAAACAGAAGCUGAUAAAUUUGGGUGGAAAGGAGCUUAGGUUGGAUGAGAUUCAUUUCGUUGAUUUAGAUGGAGGUGGUAGUGGCGAGUCUAAACUGCCGUUGAAAUGUGAAGGAACUGCUAUUGAAUUAGCGAAAAAGGACAUCGACAUCUCACUAAUGAAUGACAUCGAAGCUCAAAUAUACCAAAUGCGUGAAGGUGACCUGUCGCUACGAAACAAAUUCCUAAAAGCCAGUUCUGAUAUUUUGGAGAAUUUGAACCGGAUCCAGGACGAGGACAUCAAACAAAAGUGUUUACAAACCUUCAAAUAUUUCGAGGAUCACAAUGACAAGUUCAAGAGCAUCGAGACUGAAACGAAAGAACUUCUCUCGCAGAAUUUGAUUCGUCUAAAGAAGGACUUCAUUGACGCCGCUACCGAAUCGUCUGUAUCGAAAAUGUUAAACGAUCAGCGGAGCAAGAUUCUUGAGUAUCAAAUCGACAACAGUCAACUGAAAAAGCAGGUGGAAGAUCUCGGAAAGAAGUUGAAACAAUCUGAACAGCAUGUUAAGACUCAAGAGGCUGUCAAACGCGACAUGGAACUAAACAAAGAAAUGACACAGAAGCAAAUGGAGGAACAUCUAGCCGAAAUAGAGAAAAUGAAAACUAAAUUGAAGACAGCAAAAUUGGUUGAAGAAAAACUGAAAAAGGAAGCUGACAAUCUCCGUUCUGACGUGACUUCAUACGAGUCUGAAAUCGUCAACGUUAGGGCAGAAAUAAAUUCCUGCAAAAAUCAACUUACGAUCUCGGAACGGAAAUGUUUCGAUCUAACCGAAAGGCUCCGAUUUUACGAAAGCAAAUGUGUGAAUCUUGAGGACCGACUGGAAUUAGCAAGUACCGAAACAAUGCAUGAAAAUCAGCGUCUCUGCAGACAAAUUGAGGAAUUGCAAAGUAAUUUGAAACAACGAGAUAACAAAGUCACCAGUCUACAGCACAUGUUCAAAGCACAAGACGCAGAAAAUGUGACGAAAGAGUUCAACGAUGCAAUGGAUGGAAUAAAGCAAUUGAGAGGAAGUAGCUUCGAUUCAUACAAACUUGAUUUCCUGAAAGACCCGCUCAAUUAUAGAUGUCUGGAACUGACAAAUCAGGAGGAAACGUUCAGUUCGAUUCAAAAAUUGCUAGUGAUACGCGACAAUUUGCUAGCGAGCAUGCGGAAUGAAUAACCGGUGAAGCUUUGCGAAUUUUAAAAUUUUUUGAAAAUAAAAUUCUUGAA